GCUGUCAGCAUGGAGCUGCUGUUCUCCUCUGCGCGAGCGCACUGACUGACAGCGGAGAGCUGCUCUGUACGCGACCACUACGCGCAUCACCGCCUCUCUCUAUUAUUAACAUUAUUACUAUUAUUAUUAUUAUUUCAUUUUUGAGCUUGAUGAUGGUUUGAUUGUUCGAAAGAAGAGAUCGCGCGCUGCUCCCGACUGAAAUAAUACGUCUCUCUCUCCGCGGUCGCCGCUGGUGUUCGGCCGAAAUGCGCGAUGACCCGUGAGAUGAUCGGAACCCCCGCACGGUACAAACGGCACAUCGCGCGCAUCGCCGGUGCGCCGCCGCGGGGGGGGCCGCACUGAAAUCGGGCCCGAGCUGCACGCUCCUGUGACGUUUUCACUUUUAUUUCUUCUCCAUCCUCCUUGUCAUCGCUGCUGGCCAGCGGCCGGGAGUCCGACUCCGAGCAUCUUUUCGGCAGACAGACUCCAGCGGGCGGGAUCCGCAGAGAGACAGAGGAGAGCGGAGACUAGCAGAGAGCGCGCGGAAGAGGAGGAAGACGAUGCUGCUGCUGUUGCUGCUUCUGAUGUGAAAACACAUCGACAGCCUUCACAGCGCAACAUGGGCAAAGAUCAGGAAUUACUGCAGGCUGUGAAGACCGAGGACCUCCUCACGGUGCAGAAGCUCCUGCAGAGACCCAAAGCGGGGAAAUCGAAGCUCCUGGGGUCGGCCAAGAAAGUGAAUGUUAACAUCCAGGACAUAGACGGAUUCGCUCCCCUGCACCAUGCAGCCCUCAGCGGGAACCUGGAACUCAUCUCACUACUGCUCGAGUCCCAGGCUGCCGUGGACGUCCGCGACCAGAAAGGCAUGCGGCCGCUGCACUACGCCGCCUGGCAGGGCAGGUUGGAGCCCAUGAAGAUGCUGUUAAAAUCAGGCUCCUCAGUGAACGGGCAGUCAGAUGAGGGCCAGAUCCCGUUGCACCUGGCAGCUCAGCACGGCCACUACGAUGUGUCGGAGAUGUUGCUGCAGCAUCAGUCGAACCCGUGCAUCGUGGACAACUCUGGAAAGACCCCUUUGGACCUCGCGUGUGAGUUCGGCAGGGUUGCGGUGGUCCAGCUGCUGCUCAAUAGCAACAUGUGCGCCGCCCUCUUGGAGCCCAAGCCCGGAGACCCCAACGGCACCAGCCCCCUGCACCUCGCAGCCAAGAACGGCCACAUCGACAUCAUCAGGCUGCUGAUCCAAGCAGGCAUCGACAUCAAUCGGCAGACGAAAGCGGGCACUGCACUCCACGAGGCUGCCCUCUGCGGGAAGACGGACGUGGUGCGGCUGCUGCUCGACAGCGGCAUCAACGCGUCUGUAAGGAACACCUACAGUCAGACGGCGCUGGAUAUCGUGCACCAGUUCACUGCCACACAGGCCAGCAAAGAAAUCAAGCAGAUGCUCAGAGAGGCGUCUACAACAUUGCAGGUCAGGGGCCUGAAGGAUUACUGCAACAACUACGACCUGACGAGUCUCAGCAUCAAGGCUGGUGAUGUCAUCACGGUCCUUGAGCAGCAUCCCGAUGGCCGGUGGAAGGGAUGUAUUCAUGACAACCGUACAGGAAACGACCGAGUGGGCUUCUUCCCCUCCAGUGUGGUGGAGGUGAUCAGCAAGAGGGCAGGUUCAUGGAACACAGUCAUUUGCACUCAACAGUAUCAAAAGAUACAGCUCUGUGCGGCCGCGGGCGGCCCUCCCGCCGUGGUCAACGGGGACUCGUAUCAGUAUCAUGCCCUGCUGCCGCCUCCACCCCCGCCACCACAUUCCCAUCAGCCACUUUUCACUUCCUUUGGCUAUAGCAGGUCGCAACUCAGCGCAGGACAGCUGCAGGGUGGACAAGGUUCCCGAGGUUCAGACUCCAGUCCCCAUGGCUCCCCCUCUCCCACCACCGGCCCACAGGGCAGCGCCAGCGAGGAGAUCUGGGUGCUGCGCAAGCCCACCGCAGUCGGCGAUCGCAGCAGUGUGGGCAGUUCUGGAAGUGUAGCGAGCGCGCGAUCGUCGGGGAGUGGCCAGAGUGCCGGUAGCAGCUCGCAAGCCCUGCACGCCCAGGCAGAGGGCGUUAAGCUCUUGGCCACCGUGCUCUCUCAGUCCACGAAAGCUAAGGAACACCUGCUGGAGCAGUCCAAAUCGUUGGAGCAGAACACAGCCCUGUCGUCACGCAGCCAGGGCUCCUCAAGCUGUCCACUGCACGAGCAGCAGCCACACGGGGGCGAGAGAAAGGGGGAGGUGCCUUCCGACGGGAAGAGUGCAGAUGCUGUACUCGAAUGGCUGAGUGCAUUUCAGCUGCAAGUCUACGCACCAAACUUCAUCAGCGAGGGCUAUGACAUGUUCACCAUUAGCCAAAUGACCGCCGAGGACUUGACCGCCAUCGGAGUGACCAAACCAGGCCACCGCAAGAAGAUGACCUCAGAAAUCAGCAAGAUGAGCAGCAUCGAGUGGCACAUGGACCACAAACCUGCAGACCUGGCUGAGUGGCUCUCCAUGGUCGGCCUGGGCCAGUACUACCAGGUGCUGGUGCAGAACGGCUAUGAAAACAUCGACUUUAUUGCCAACAUCACCUGGGAGGACCUGCAGGAGAUCGGCAUCACGAAGCUCGGGCACCAGAAGAAGCUGAUGCUGGCGGUGAAGAAGCUGGCCGAGUUCCAGAAAGGCCCAGAGGGGCGCAAGAAGAAGGCACCCCAAUCUGCCGAGAUCAUGGCCAUCCAGAGUCCUCCCCCCGACACUGGAGGGGGGGUCUCCCCGAAGCUUACCACCUUCCAAGACAGCGAGCUGAGCGGCGAACUCCAAGCUGCCCUGGCACCUGUUGACCGCCAGCAGGGGACAGAAGGCAAGGCACGGGCACGCUCCGCCACCAGCCGGAGUCAGGAGGAGGCCGGCAUCAUGACAGGCCCCCCGAAGAAGGAGGCACGAUCUUCACGGCAGAGCAGCCAGGGCACCUCCAGGGUCAGUGUCCCAUCAGCGCAGGCAAAGCAGAGACAGUACACCUCUCCUCAGACACCUACCAAGGUGAAGCCCUCCUCUCCUCAAAGCACAGGCCCUGCUCAGUCCAAGGGGAAAGGCACCCCCCACGCUAUUGUGAUGCCCACUGAGCAGCCCACAUCACUCCCCGUCGUCCCACAGUCCCCCACCCAUCGUGGCAAAGUUCACACGGAAAGCCAAGACAGCCAGGUGGCCCCUCCCCCGAGCCUUGCCCCAAGCACCGCCCCUGCCACGGUACCACUGCUGUGCCUACCUCCGGAAGAGGAUGAGUCUGUGCAGGGUCAGUCCCAGAGACGUGCUCGCAGCCUGAGUCGCCACGCAGCCUCGGACAGCGAAGAGCAAGCGGGGACCCCCGAUGGGGGCCUGCACCCUGGAAUGGGCCGCAGCACCCCUAGCCCCGCCUCCAGCCCUGGCCAGGCAGACAAGAACGUGAACCGCAGCCACUCUUUUGCCCGGCCUAGGAAGAAGGGCCCCCCGCCGCCACCGCCCAAGCGCUCCAGCUCAGCCAUAUCCAGCACCAACCUGAGCGACGAACCCAAGGAGGAACCGCGGCCCAGCGGUGCCCUGCUGGAUGUCAACUACCGCCCGCAGCGGCGUGCUAGUGAUCUGGGGGGCGCCGUGGACACAGGCAGUGCUGGAAGUGUCCGCAGCAUCGCCGCCAUGCUGGAGAUGUCCUCCAUCGGUGGAGGAGCGAAGGCUCGGGUCAUGCAGAAGUCUCCAGUUGGACAGAACUUUCUGCAGGUACACCCAGACCAAGCGCACCCAGCUGUUCAGGGAGGAGGAAAGCCACGCGAUGCCAUCGGACUGGAUGGCGAGGUGGUGAACCGGCGCAGGACGAUCAGCGGGCCGGUGACAGAGCUCGUGGCAGCCGCUCGGCGAGAGAAAGGUCCACGGGAGGCGGGAACUGAGCCAGAACCACAGCCUGAAAAGAUCCAGGCGGAAGGGAAGCCAAGCCGCCAAGGAAAGGGAGAAAAUGGUCAUGAGAUGGUGCUACCCCAAGAAGAGGAGUCGUCCAACGCUGACACCGCAUUGAGGCGCUCAUCCCGUGCCCGGUCGCAAGGCGAGGGCGUGCGCUUUCAGCUCAUAGAGUCCAGUACUGUCAAGCGGCGGCCCAAGAGCCGAGACAAGGACUCGGAGGAAGAGCCGCAGGACGGCCCCGUCUCAGUACCGGCCCCUUGCCAGAACGGUACAGUCACUACAAAGAGGCGGCCCAUAUCCGAGGUGGCCGUCACAGAACCUGCGUGGGCCCGGGAGUGUCAGGAAAGCGCCCCCCCCCAUAGGGACAGCUUAGAUCUGGGCUCACAGGCUCCAGAAAUCCGCAAACCUGCCAAGCCCCCAGUGUCUCCCAAGCCGGUUCUGGCCCACCACUUGAAGAAGCAGGGCGGUAGUGGAAGCUCGUCCAAGAGCGUGCCAUUGCCGGGACCGGAGAGCCCAGAGGUGAAACGAGUGCCCCCGCCUGUGUCACCGAAGCCUGCUCCCCCUCCAACAGCACCAAAGCCAUCCAAAGUGCACAUCAUCCCUCAUGGCAUUGGUGUUACCCCCGGGCUCUCUAGUGCUCCCUAUGUGGCUCGGAUUGCCAGCACGCCCACCCCUCCAUCACAGAGUCCCCAGUCUUCCCAGCCCCCUGGACCACCCGCCCCAGCUCCCAUCCCCACGCCUACACCGACGCCCCCGCCGGCCAAGCCCCCACGUUCCUCCAUCAGCGGGGUGUCAUUGGACGGCGGUGGGGGAGUUGAGGCCGUGCAGCAGCGGCUGGAAGAAACCAGCGCCUCGCUGGCAGCGGCCCUGCAGGCUGUAGAGGAGAAGAUCCGAAAGGAGGACGGUCUCAAAGACAACGCCGCCUCGGAGGAGAAGAGCACCGUGAGCAUUCUGGAUGAUAUCGGCAGCAUGUUUGAUGACCUGGCUGACCAACUGGACGCCAUGCUGGAGUGAGGGGCGUGACCUGCGCCCACCGCAGAACCACCUCAGGGCUCCCUGUCAGGGCAUAAGGGCACAAGGGACACCCCCUAACACCGCACACCCCGCACCCCACACCCCUACCCCCUGAACCCUCGAAACAAAGCCUAAAUCAUCCUUCCCUACAUCAUCUCGCUCACCUACACCACUUCUCCCUUCCCCGGUCUUUUCCAUGCUGUGCUCCCUGUCCGUUUGCACAAACGACUAUCCUGCCCCCUCGCCCCCAGAAAUUACCUCAGGGUAGGGCAAAAGCGAACUCCGAGUCCGAGACCUUGAGGGCAGAACAGAGUUGGAGGGGUAGUGAGGGUGUUUCCCCCCGCAGGAAUCCCAGCCGUUCUUUGUUUUCUUUUCUGUAACGUUGGAUUAUUACGGCUAUUGUAAAAACGAGUUAUGCUACCAUACAGAAUCAAUGAAAAAUUAACUAUACGGUAUGUCUGCAUCGUAAGCAUGAAGAAAGAACUUAAUAUCUUAAGAAAAAUAAUCUCAUGGUGAGACUCAUGCAUUAGAUGGAAUAGUAAUAUAUAUAAAUAUAAAUAUAAAAAUAUAUUAAAAUAUUAUUUUUAUUUGACCUUUUUGCUAAAUGGUACAAGUGUGGUGUCAAAUCAGCUGUGUGGACUCAGAAUCAAGGCUUUUUUUUUUUUUUUUUUUUUUUUUUUUUAAUACGACCAAAAGCAGGAUGGCACCUGGGCCUCUAUCCUGUUGACCGGAUCCCUGUCAGCCAUGUUGAUUCCAGUCACCGUCACCGUUUUUUGCAUCUGAACAACAUGGGCUUCCACGUGGCUUCACACCCAGCCACCGCUGCAUCCCAGUUAUUGCCCGGAUGCAUUCCGACAGGCUCGAGGAGGGGAUAGAGUCCGAGGGUGCGUCUCUAGAGGCCCACCCAGGGCUGCGAUACCUCGCCAGACUGUCGCCUUCUUACAGGAAACGGCCCCCCGCAUUUCGGCGGGGUGACCUUUGAACCGGAGCGGAAGGCAAACACAUUGAGUGAGGCUGUUGAGGGGGACAAAAAAAAGUUCUGUCAAGGUCGCCUGGGGUUUGCGUUACUGUUCGAUCCACCCCUCCCGCGCACACUUCCCAUCAGCCCUGCCGCGACAUAUUGCAGCCGCCGGGCGGAAAGGAGACGGCCGCCCGAACAAGCACAAUCUUUUCUCCUCUUCCUUACUUGAGCGGGAUCGAGAGACAGGUGAGAUGCAGUAACUCGCAGAGCAGGUGGCCGUAACACAAACUUAUUUGCUCUCCGACAGUACACCUACGCUCCUUGUUUGGCUCAUCUAGCAUUCCUGCAUGACGUGUGAAAGGCUGUCUCCGUUUGGCACCGUCGAGUGUUGUCAGGUGACGGUGCUUCGCCUCUUCCGGUCAUGCACGCAUGGGUGCGUCUCAGUCUGCGUCUACGCGUGUGUGUAUGUUCGCCGUUUAUACUUACGAGACUGAAAAGCUCGUAACGAGAGUCAAUUUUAUACCGCAGUCGGGCCAUCUUAAAUUACCUUUUGGGUCUGUUUACUUUUAGUUUAUACAGUAUGUAAGAAACAACUAAGGAGCAUAUUGGUUUCCUGCUGCUUCGCUCUUUACAGAACACCUCUCCCCCAAACGCCCAUGGUUGCUAUACCUGCGUUGUUUCACUUAGUUCAAAAGCUGAAAAACUGAACUAACUUCCUGUACCUUUGGCUUUUCACAAUCACUUUCCAUAUGGCCAGGAUGAUUGACUUUCUGCACUUUUGGUCUCCGGUGACGCUGUCACAGUGGCUCCUGCCCGUCUCCAGCCGCGAUCGAGCUCUGCAGCAUCUUGCUUUGGAGCCAACCAGUCCGCAGGAGACACUGUGAUAAACCAUGGAGCUCUAGCAAAGCUGAGUCCUCACCAUCCUGGCAAUACAGUUCAGACGCUACCGCCGCUAUAAAUGCCUGCUCCUUCCACGUGGUUUUUCUGCCGCAACCAUUUCCAGCGUUGCCAUGACAAUCCCUGACAGCAUCGCUUUUGUUGACAGGAAGCUCCGGGGUCAGUCUUCAGCCGACGAGGCGCGGGUGUAGGCAUUAGACCAAAGGGAGCCGUUGACCGCUGAGCGUGACUUCCAAAUAACAAUGUUUAACAUUUCAUGUUGUUUUCUUUCAAUAAAUCCAGAUUUUCCGACUGUCAUUGCACAGACCAUCUGCAAAGCUUCCUUUUCGCUUUUAUAGAUAGCUGACGACAAAGUAAUACUAAAAUUGGUGUUUAAUUUAUUUGAAGUACGUAAGUUUAAAUGAAGUAUUUAAAGACAAACCAUCCAGGAAGGCAUUAGGUUAUUCAAAUUGAAUUACAGGACACAGGAGAGAACGGAGCUCUAAUUUACUCCUUGUAUACAUUGCAGAAAGUUGUGAAGUGUCAUUUAAUUUUUUUUAAUCGGGAGCUUUUGUGCAGUUGUAUGUUUAGCUGUACAGCAGUCACUGCAUGAGUCCUUAUAGAGGUCUUUGUAUUUUAUGCAAUGUCGUUUUUUAUAUACAUACGUGCCUUGCUUUAAAUUUGUAUUUGUUCAACUAUGACAGGUGUUUUAAGGAGGUUUCUAUGUAUUUCAUGAGCUGAACUCUUGGUGACCACAUUCAAAAGGCUGCAAACAGACCACGGGUGUGGUUCAGGAAUGCUUGUGACUGACCGCCAAAUGAACGUUGCCUGUCCGGCCUGUCGACCGCUCGAGUUCUGACCACAGGUUCCUCUGACUGCGGAGGGCCACAGUGGACCGGGAACGUCUCGUUUCCAUGGCGUCGGUGGCGGUCCUACUCCCUGCCCUUACAGGGAUCCUCUCCAACGCGCAAGAGCUAUGCAUUCCCCACGCCACGGUAUUGCAUCCAUGUAUAUAGCUGGAUGUUUUCAUGUUGCCGCAAACAAAAAAAAAAAAACAAAAUUUUUCCUUUUUUUUUAAAAAAAAAAAAACUUUAGUUUGCUUUUAUUAUUAUUCAUUUCCUAGAUGGGAAAAUAUUUGAGAAUACAAUGAUCAGAACAAAAAAAAGGAAAGUAAAUAUAGUUUGGAGAAAGGUAUUGUCUUGUUCAAAAGCAAAAAAAAAGAGAAAAGUUUAUUUUUUAUCCUGUACAAAUGGAAAGAUGAAAAGCAGCGACCCUGGAAGAGCCCGGUCCGUGCAGGCUGUACUUUUGUGUGUGGAAUUGACGUUCUGCCAUUGACUUGUAUGAUACCUACUGUGACUGGCAGCAGAUCAGUUGUGUGCUUGCAGUGACUGCAUCUACAGCCAUCUGCUCUAAAUAAAUGUUCUACAUAAAGGCCUGAGAGCAUUGCUUAUCUUUGAAGCUUUUCUGUGCUUCUUCUGCUCAGUCUGUUCUUACAAGCUACCGAAGGGAAAAGAAUGUCAAAUAAAAAUGGAUAUAUAAGCAAGCAAUAUUUUCAAGGGAGCACUGGGGGAGUACCAACUGUUGACCUUCUGCCAGGCUGUAGCAUCCCAGAUGGGCCUGGGCUUCCUGCCGCACCAUGUGGAGAUGGAGAUGGAGGUGGGGGGGGGGAGGCCGCUUACAUAACCGGGCCGAAAGAUGUGCCGCACGCAUCCGGAAUCACCUGUGGUCUGAACCCGGCUCGUUUUAGCCCUCGGCUCCUCCGGAAACCGGCUUCUUGGUGUCCCCACAAAUCUGGACUAAGGACCAACAUCACUAAAGCCCACAAG